AGACGCGAACUCCAGUCUCUGUCUCUUUGUAAAAAAAAAGUCUUCAGGUCGGGUCCACAGCGAAACCCGCCGCCGCUGAUGGAUUCCUCUUCCUCCUCGGCGGCCGGCGGACCUUCAGCGUUGGAGAGUCUGGCGGUGUUCUGGCAUGAGGGCAUGCUGGCCCACGACGCCGGCCGCGGCGUGUUCGACUCGGGCCGCGACCCGGGCUUCCUCGACGUGCUCGACCAGCACCCGGAGAACGCCGACCGCGUCCGCAACAUGCUCUCCAUCCUCCGCCGCGGGCCCAUCGCGCCCUUCCUCUCCUGGCACUCCGGCUGCCCCGCCCACGCCAGCGAGCUCCUCUCCUUCCACACCCCAGAAUACAUUGACGAGCUCGUGCAAGCAAACGCCAUUGGGGCCAAGAAGUUAUGCGAGGGGACCUUCUUGAACCCUGGCUCAUGGGGCGCGGCGCUUCUGGCUGCUGGAACAACCUUAUCAGCGGCGAGGCACAUACUAGAUGGGCAUGGGAAGAUAGCCUACGCAUUGGUCCGCCCCCCUGGCCAUCACGCGCAACCGGACCGUGCCGACGGCUACUGCUUUCUGAACAAUGCUGGGCUUGCAGUGCAGCUGGCUCUGGACUCAGGCCGCGCAAAGGUUGCCGUUGUUGAUGUAGAUGUGCACUAUGGGAAUGGCACAGCAGAGGGCUUCUAUUGGACGGACAACGUGCUCACAAUCUCCCUUCAUAUGAAUCAUGGAUCUUGGGGUCCGUCGCAUCCACGGAGUGGCUCGGCUGACGAGAUUGGUGAAGGCAGGGGGCUUGGGUACAAUCUCAACAUACCUUUGCCUAAUGGAAGCGGGGAUGCAGGGUAUGAAUAUGCAAUGAAUCAAUUGGUUGUCCCAGCAAUUGACAAGUUUCAACCUCAGCUUCUGGUUUUUGUCAUUGGCCAAGAUUCUAGCGCGUUUGAUCCAAAUGGAAGACAGUGCCUGACCAUGGAUGGUUAUAGGAGAAUUGGACAAAUAAUGAGGAGCAUGGCUAAUCGGCAUAGCGAUGGGAAAAUACUGAUUGUCCAGGAAGGGGGUUACCACAUCACUUAUUCAGCAUAUUGUCUGCAUGCGACUCUAGAAGGUGUUCUGAAUCUUGAAGCCCCAUUGCUGGAUGACCCAAUCGCAUAUUAUCCAGAGGAUGAGAAAUAUACCAUGAAAGUAGUCGAUGUCAUGAAAAGAUGCUGGAAAGAAUCCAUUCCCUUUUUGAAGGACAUUUAGAAGUGCGUACGUCUCUUUGAUGUUAUGAGACGGUGAACAGCCUUGAUUUAAAAUCAUGUCAUAGUCUGCAAUCAUAGCGGAAAGGGGAAACUUCAGAUUUUCAUGCAUCUUCCCUAGACCCCUGAUUCCUGUAUUCUUGGUCACAUGGUUAUUGUACAUGUAUUUGUCUAGGUUCGUCAUGGGAUGUCAAUUGGUACUCGCUGCCAGCAUUUAGUUUUAGUAUUCCAAGAUCUCUAGAUAGCCAUUUAUCUGUAUGCUUAUAGUUUUUCUUUUUGACAAAUGUAUGCUUAUAGUUAACUUGUCAUGUAAACUUUGUCCGUAAAAGGAGAUACAGAUAAGCAGUCAGAUUUUUUUUAA